UGGAUUUCUGAGUGAAGGGACAAGUCAAUAACCACAGAAGAAAGACGACAGGCGGCUCAAACGUUGAAUUUAGUUUAGUUUGAUACGUUACAACUUUUGUUUAGCGAUUAUUUAUGUCACAUGGAGGUUCUUGAGGAUGAGCUUAUUUGCGCUGUAUGUCGUGACAUUUUUGUGGAGCCUUUGACUUUGCCGUGUGGCCAUAAUUAUUGCGAGAGUUGCGUUAACCAGUUGAAGAGAGCCUCGGACAGAGAAGACGAAUUCGCAAGCUUAAUUCAAUAUUAUACCUGCCCACUUUGCCUGGCACCAUGCGACACAAAGAUAAACUUGAAGAAAAAUGUUGUACUUUACAACAUAAUUGAAAAGUAUCAUACAAGUCGUGCAAGCUGUAUCGACUGCUCAGUUUGCAAAGGAGAGCAGAGGCUGGCCGCAGAAAAGAGUUGUGUCAAUUGCAAUGAGUCAUAUUGCACUAUCCACAUAAUGCCACACUAUGAGAACUCAACACUUCUCCAACAUGUACUUGUAAAUCCAAUUGGCGACACAUGUAGGCUCUGUAUAGAGCACGGGAAAGAGCUGGAAUUGUUCUGUGAGACUGACUCUACACCUUUAUGUGUAUACUGCAUGCUACCAUCCGAAGCCAAGCACGGGGACGGACACAGCGUCGUGAAGUUGGCAGACUCUUGGAACAUUCUGAGGAAGAAAUGUCAGGUCCAACUUGAGGGCAUUACGCAGAGCUUGGCAGAAGUCAAAGAUGGUCUGACAAAGAUGGAUGAAGAAGCUUCACACUCUGAAGACAGCCUGCUAAGCCAACAGAGACAGUACACUGACUUCCUGAGCAGAGUGAAGCUUUUCCUGGACUUUGAGGAAAACGCCUGGCAGAAGAGGUUUUCUGUCGACUUGGUGCAGACCAGACGGAGUAGGAAGCACAGGUCAGAGAAGCUGAAAAGACUCGAGCAGAGACUGAGCCAGACACAGCGGACCCUUCUAGAAGCACAGAACAUUCGUGACCCUCUAGUGCUGCUCCAGCUGUUGCAGAAUGCAGAUUGGGCUGACCUGUUUGAAAGAAGCACAUGUUCCAGUCAAAUCCAGGAGUUAAGAACAUGGAGUACCCUUCAACCUGUUCCCUCUGCCAUCACCCCACUGUUCAAAACCCUGCACAAUGUAUUCCCAGGAGAUCAUAUCUUCUUCCACAAACCAACUGCCCACCCCAGAUUAAAGUUCAGCCCUGACAACACUGCUGUCUGGAUGACUGAGGAGCAAGAAGAAGAUCACGCCAGAUUCCCAAACCGUCCUUUCUGUGUUCUGGGUCGCACAGUGUUGUCAAAGGGUGUGCACCACUGGGAGGUAGAGGUGAAUGGCCUGCCCUCUUGGGCUGUAGGUAUUGCCUACCUCGGCCCUCAGCAAAGCACCGUGCAGAAGCAGCUAGGCAGGGAUUGCAACUCCUGGAGUCUGAGUUACAACCAGAGCAAGCAGCAGUUCUGCUCCCAGCAUGACUGGCUGACCUUCUCUUUCACAGCUGCAGAGAAGCCUAGUCAAAUUGGCAUCUUUCUGGAUAUUGACAGUGGCAUACUGUGUUUCUAUGACGCGGUGAGGUGGGUGACUUUAUACACCUUCUACUGCAGGCUGGACCAGCCCAGUGAACAACUCCUCUACCCAGCCUUUUGUCCUAGGUUGAUGGAGGACGAAUCUCCAGUGUCCACUCAAACCAUGAGGGUUCUGCACUGACAGGCCUGUGCGCCUGAUAUUGUUAUUCUGACACAAGCACCUUAUAUCCUUUUGUGUUGUGCCAUUCACCAUAGUUAUUCAUUCACACAUCUAAUCUUAAAAAUGCACAGCACUACACUUUGGUAUUUGUCGUUGACAUUUAAAACGGGAUCAGACAGACGGUUAACCCCAACUGCAUAGCUUGCAUUCUAACCUGUCAGCACAGCAACCAUCUAUGUUGAUGUACAGGCUUUUAAGUUACUCUCGUUUGUAAAACUAUUAGUCCAGAGCAAUACAACCACAAUGCAUCUGAAUUGUGCACUUUACCAUGCAAUCAAGUGUGCAACAUAUAGUUUAAUAUUACAAGAGAUGACAAUCUGAUUCCUAGAUCAAGAUAGGAGAUACCCUGUGUUAGGGUUAGCCUGUUAUCUACAGCAAGCAGUUGUCGAGCUCCUCUGGCUGUGGUAUAUUACUCAAUUUUGAGAUGCUUCUUGUUAUGUUGUUUUUGUUUGGCCAGUGUGUUUAUAAUUUAUAAAGAACCAAGCAUCAUUCUAAAUUGAAAGUGCUAUGAUGUAACCAAUUGUAUGAGAAGUGAUGCAUUUGGCCAGAAGGGGGAGCUCUAGUCUAAGAAUGUGAAAUUUUGGACCAUGACAGUGGUUAUCCAUUUUAACAAGAAAUGUAACUUGUCCUGAAUAAAAUUGACCUUCUGAAUCA